UCCGACGGACAGAUAUGCACAAGCACCGGAAGUAGCUGUAGUCAUCCGUCAGCAGCCCUUUCAAGCAAUUUCGUCAACUGAGAAAAAACAAACUACGCUUAAGUUCAUACAAUAUAUCCAGUAAAAAAACACGGGAUUUCGCUUGUGUUUGGCAAGAUAAAACUGAGCGAAUAUCGAACUAAAUUUAGCUUUCGGACUCCGUGAAACGUACGUUAGCUUAGCAAUCAGCUAGCGUUAGCUUCGAUCGUUAUGGUUCAGAUUUGUUAAAACUACGUGGUUUCUUGAGGAUACAACGCUACAACCCGUAAGUCAUCUGACAAUGGAUCAUUUCGAAACACCAUACGAGGAGGAGUCUACAUUUAUUGUGUGCAGGGUCUGUGAUAAAUCCAUAAGGGGUGAAACCUUGUUCAAGAUACACCUGACCACACCAGGACACAGAAAGAAAGAGGAUGUCCUGGUUGCUUCGGGGCAUCCUGUCACAUAUCCCCGCAUACCGGAAUUUGAGGACAUAUUACAAUAUCUGGAUUACAUGAAGCUGGACGAGCCCAUCAUUGGUUUGAACUAUUUGGAGGAGCUGCCUUGUAAUGACCCUCAGACGGGCCCCAAAUACACAUGUAGGCUUUGUCAUCAGAAGGCAAACCUGCUGGAAAUGGUCCAUCAUGUGAUUGGACGUAAACACCGGCAGAAAUAUGUGGAACUGAAACGGCCCGACUUGGUGACCUGGAAUAAACAGUCCUUAGUAACCCACGGGGGAAAGACCGUACGAGCCAGAGCGGAGAUAAUCGAGAGGCAGGAUGGACGAGGAACGCCAGUGCUCAUGUCAGGAAAAGGGAUGGAGGCCCAAUUGAACAUGUCAAGAGCUCCCCCAAGGCAGACGCAAAAUAGGAAUCAGAACAUUUUACAAAGUCUGACCCAACGAGGUGGGCCACCACUACGGGAGGGGUCUCCUGCGAGGGGUCGCCCAGCCACAGCCCCAUUCCGCCCAGAAGACGCUUACAUGUCGCCCAGGGACAGUUCGAUGUACCAACAGGGGGACCCUCCCGGCCACGGCCACAUGGAGGAGGACCUGCAGAGGGCCGAUCGCGGGAGCCGCCUCACAAACCGACGGGAGUACAUGGAGCCAGAUUAUCGUACGGAGUACCAGGAGGAAUAUUUUGAGGGUUCACAAAGGAGAGCCGCACCGGAUCCGGCCGGUGAUCCCAGGUACGAUCCAAGGCAGGAGAUGCCGCGCGGCCACGCCGACCAUUACCCAGACGAGGCUCCUCCUUUCAGAUCGCACUACCGGGAAAGAGAUCCACUGAGGGAGUUCUACACUGCCGAAGUGAGGAGGCGUGGGCUCGCUGGUCCCGAGUCCACGGCCUCGCAGCCGGUGCACCCAGAAGGCGCCGGGCGGCGUCAUCUGGACUGGGAACCCGGCAGCCCUGGAGGCCUGAAUGGGGCCGGCCGGCAGGGAUCGAGCGAACCCGAGGCAAAGAGAAGGAGCUUUCCCGCGUCUUUGGAGAGGGACCAGACGACCGAAGGCCAUUUGUUUAAUUUUGUCAGAGAAUAUCGUCAGGAAAUGAGAGAACUGUAUCAGGAGGAGCCAGUCGUGAACCCCAGGCAGAGCAGAGCAGGAAGCCUCACCGCCCAGAGACAAGUGGAAGCUAGCCGGGCCCUGUCGGACAUUCCAGAGCCGUUCAGGCGUUUCCUAAAAGGGGCCGCUAAUAAUGAGGGAUACGGCAAAAGAAAAAGAAAGAGUCGCUUCUCUGAUGCCACUGCAGAGGAGGCAGAAACCACAAAGGAGAUGUUUCGCGAGUACGGAUUUUCAGUUCCAACAGCUGGCAGUCGUCCUGGACCAGCUUAUGGAACUCAACAUCCUGACUAUUACAGAGAACUGCAGAGCUCGCAUUGUGCUGAAAGCCACCUUAAAGAAGGCUCUGAGUCUAAGGGUGUCUUUGAUAUGCUGAAAAACAUUGAAAUUGAAAAUGCAGAAGAGGCCGACUUCCUGAAUAACAAACUUUGCGAUCUUCUGAAGGAAUUCAAGAACAAAAAAUCAGAGAAUGCUCUGCAAAAUAGCCAUGGUCGAGUGGCCAUCUCCUCAAACUGCAACAGCUUUGACCAGGAGCUGUCCCCAAAACAUCAGUUUGACACAACGCAGAGAGAAGAUUUAGACCGCAGACGACCAGAUGAACUCUACUUUAAUGAAGAGCAGGGAGGAAGAGGCUGGCGACAGCAUGAGCAAACACCUGAGGAGCAGCUGGAUGAAUACCACCAUCCUGUACGCAGGGUGCCUGGACAGUCCAACAGAAGACAUUAUGAAGAGGUUUUUGGGUUGCCCAGGAUGCAACAUGCCAGCUAUCCGGAUGAGCCAGCACGUUAUCCUGAAAGAGAACCGAGGCACCCUCUAGACUUCCCAAAUGCUCCAGACGAGUUCAUGGACUCCCGAUCCUCUGCACCUCCGCUCCGCAUGGAACGAGGACACAGGAUGGACAGGGGCCUUCGGUACUCCAACAACUUAGACAAAAUCACCUCCACCCUCUUGGAGCUGGUCACGAGGAAAUAAUUUACAUUAAAGUUUUGUCAGCAUAUACUUCCAUAGAUUUGAUGAGACUCUAUGGUUUGCAGACAUGUUAUCAAACUGCUUCUUCCCUGCAGUGUUUGAUUUUUUUUUUUAAGUGUUACUGACAUUUGGUUCGAAAAAUGUCUAAUUGUGAACAUUAAAACAUUUGUCUACUGCA